UGUAAAAAAAAAACACCCCACCGAUAGGGUUUAACAAGAAGGUUAGAAGGUUAGGAGAGCAGCCGCCGUCCCGGAGGCCGGAGUCCCUCGCCGCCGAGACCCGCUCCCUUCACUCCCACCAAAUCGCCCCUGCUACGACUGAAAUCCCUUUCACUCGCAACCGGCGGCGUCGUCCGGACGCGAAUCCCCUCUUGCCGGCGGCGUGGUUCGGACGCGAUUCCUCUCGCUGUGCCCGUGGUCUGUAGCAGGGGACUUGUGCGAUGGCUUUUGCUAGUAGGAUGGGGAUCGUGCUGAGGAGGGCCUCGGGGUCCUCGAAUUCGUCGCUGCUCCAGGCAGUAAGGUGCAUGUCUUCUUCCAAGCUUUUUGUUGGAGGACUAUCGUAUGCCACAGAUGACCCAACUCUGAGGGAUGCCUUUUCUGGCUAUGGGGACGUCCUUGAAGCUAGAAUCAUCAUGGACAGAGAGUCUGGCAGGUCAAAGGGUUUUGGAUUUGUUACUUACGCAUCCACCGAAGCUGCCGCGGCUGCCAUUAGUGCUAUGGAUGGCAAGGACCUUCACGGAAGAAUGAUAAAGGUAGACUACGCCAGUGACCGUGCUGGUGGGACACGUGGAGGUGGAUACGGCACUGGUAAUUACGGAAGUGGCGGAUAUGGCGGCGCGGGAUUUGGAAGCGGCGGCAGUGGAUAUGCUGGCAAUGGUGGUGGUUACGGAAGUGGCGGAUAUGGCAGCAUGGGAUAUGGAAGUGGUGGUGGUGGUGGAUAUGCGGGCAAUGCUGCUGAUUAUGGAAGUGCAGGGCAUGCCAGUGGUGGUGGAUAUGGUAAUGCGGGAUAUGGUGGUUACAGUAGUGCUGCAGGUGGUGGCGAGUAUUCUAGCAUCAACAACAAUGCUGUUGCUGGUGGCCAUGGCGGCGGUGAUGGAAGCCACAAUAAUGCUAGCACUUCGGGCGGAAGUGCUGGUAGCUAUGGCGGUGGUGGCGAAAUCUACAAUAAUGUCAGUAACUCUGGUGGAAGUGCUGGUGGCUAUGGCGGCAGUGGCGGAAGCUACAAUAAUGCCAGCAACUCGGGCGGUAGUGCUGGUAGCUAUGGCAGCGGUGGCGGAAUCUACAAUAAUGCCAGCAACUCGGGUGGAAGUGCUGGUGGCUACGGCGGCGGUGGCGGAAGCUACAAUAAUGCCAGCAACUUGGGUGGAAGUGCUGGUGGCUACGGCGGCGGUGGCGGAAGCUACAAUAAUGCCAGCAACUCGGGUGGAAGUGCUGGUGGCUACGGCGGCGGUGGCGGAAGCUACAAUAAUGCCAACAAUUCGGCUGGAAGUGCUGGUAGCUACGGCGGUGGUGGUGGAAGCUACAAUAAUGCCAGCAAUUUGGGUGGAAGUGCUGGUAGCUACGGCGGCGCUGGUGGGUACAGUUCCCCCAACACAUAUGGCGUGGGCAAUUACAACAGCGGAGCUGGCGGCAAUGCAGUCUUCGGCGAAAAGACCGGCAGUUUCAGUAGUGGGCAUUCUGCUGUUGCUGGUGGCAACAACGGCAGCGCUGGUGGGAACAAUUUCCCCAACACGUAUGGUGCCGGCAACUACAACAGCGGAGCUGGCGGCAAUGCAGUCUUCGGCGAAAAGACCGGCAGUUUCAGCAGUGGGCAUUCUGCUGUUGCUGGUGGCAACAACGGCAGCGCUGGUGGGAACAAUUUCCCCAACACAUAUGGNGCGGGCAACUACAACAGCGGAGCUGGCGGCAAUGCAGUCCUCGGUGAAAAGACCGGCAGUUUCAGCAGUGGGCAUCCUGCUGUUGCUGGUGGCAACAACGGCAGUGCUGGUGGGAACAAUUCCCCCAACGCCUAUUGUGCCGGCAACUACAACAGCGGAGCUGGCGGCAAUGCAGUCCUCGGUGAAAAGACAGGCAGUUUCAGCAGUGGGCAUCCUGCUGUUGCUGGUGGCAACAACGGCAGUGCUGGUGGGAACAAUUCCCCCAACACCUAUGGUGCCGGCAACUUCAACAGCGGAGCUGGCGGCAAUGUAGUCUUCGGCGAGAAGACCGGCAGUUUCAGCAGUGGGAAUUCUGCUGUUGCUGGUGGCAACAACGGCGGCUACAGCGCUGGUGGGUACAAUUCCCCCAACACCUUUGGUGCAGGAAACUACAACAGCGGAGCUGGCAACAAUGCAGUCUUGGGCGGAAGCACUGGCUGUUUCAGCAGCGGGCAUUCUGCUGUUGCUGGUGGCAACAACGGCGGCUACAGCGCUGGUGGGUACAAUGCCCCCAACACCUUUGGUGCCGGAAACUAUAACAGCGGAGCUGGCGACAAUGCAGUCUUGGGUGGAAGCACUGGCAGUUUCAGCAGCGGGCAUUCUGCCGUUGCUGGUGGCAACAACGGCGGCAACUUUGCUGGAAAUGUUGGCAGCAUCGGCAACUUUACUGGCAGCCGCAAUGGCAGCAGCUAUGCUGGAGAAUUUGGCGGCGCUGAGGUCCUUGGAGCUAGCAAGGUGCAGUACAACGGCCAAGACGACCUGCUGGGUGCUGACUACUUCUCUGAGUCGGAGGACCGUCAUGCGGGCAGGUCAGCGUAAGUUUACAGCGUCGCGGAACAUCUUGAGAGGCAAAGGUAAAAAUAAUGAAUGCCCGGCGGGUGCUUUUUGUUAGAGAAAACCCAAAGCUUGAUGAUGCAUCUGGGGUAGGUUAUUAGGUAAAGAAGAAGUGUUUGGUUAUUCUGCUUUGGUUUUGCAUGCUAUUUUGAGACGAGAACGGUCAUGGUGAUGCUUCUGGCCAUCAAUUACUGUUUUUAUCUUGUACUCCCUCCGUCCCAAAAUAAGUGUCUUGAGCUUAGUACAAAUUUGUACUAGAGCUAGUGCAAAGUUGAGACACUUAUUUUGGGACGGAGUAUAUCGAGAUGGAAAAUGGCUGUUUAGCCUGUUGAUUAGGCUGUGUGUUCA